AUGCUUACAACUAUUAUUAUUUCGUGUUUCGUACUUACUAUUACUGGUUUACCGGUAAAUAUCAAUCCAGAAUUGAACGGUGGUGGUUUUGAAGGUGAUAUACUCUUUCCACCUAAUUCUGAUACAAGUCGUGGCGCUGCUUUCUAUGGGAACUAUCGUCGUUGGCCAAAUAAAAUAAUUCCAUAUGAUAUAUCAGCUAUAACAACUAAUGAUCGAACAACAAUUAUCAAUGCUAUGAAUCAAUUAAUGUACGAUGUUGGAACACCUAUACCAGGUUUUGUAUUUUUGGGAACGAUUAUUCAAAUUAACUGUCUUCAAUGUUAUAAAUGUAGUUGUUCUGUUAAUGUUGGUGAAACAACAUGCAAAGAUGAUAGUGAAUUACAAUGUGUAAUCGAAUAUGUUGAAAAUAAUUAUUGUACGAUUGCACGAACAUCAUCAAACAGUAUUACAUUUGAUCAUAGACCAAAUUCUGAUCUGAUAUUUUUGGAAUCACAACAUUAUUUACGAGCUAAAGAACAAAUUGUCUAUUUAGAAAGUAGUUCAAGUUGGCACGCACCUAUUGUAAAAGAAUUUACUUAUGGUUGUGAUUGGAAUUUAUGCAAUACACCUCGUAUUCUUAGUCUCCUUCCAAAAGGUCUUACAUUUACUGUUGAUUCAAAUUUAUUAACAAAUUCAUUGAUUCUUCAACCAAAUGAAACGUUCACAACAUGUGCAUCAUGUACAAAAUGUGUAAAUUCAACUACAGCAAUAACAUGUGCAACAGUACCAUGUAGUGGUACGUGUGAAAUUGAUGAUCAUUUGGAUGAUCCAGUGCAACAUAAUAGUUCAUGUUCAUUUCAAUUUACUAGUGCAUGUUUAAAUGAAAAACUUAAUACAUCCAUUGAAAUAACAGGAACAUAUUAUAUGGAUGAUAAGAAAUUUCAAACAGGUGAAAUAGAUAUUUGGUGUAAAAAAAACAAUUGUAAUGAUCCACCUCAUGUUCAAACUAUACAAAGAAAUAUUACUUUUAUAACAGAAAUAAAUGAUCAACUUUAUUUUCGGCCACAAGCAACAACAUCAAAACCAAAUACUGGUCUAUUGGGUUGUUAUACAUGUCAUUGUGAUCGUGCAGUCGGUAGUGAUGAUUGUAAAAUAUUAGAAUGUACAAUUGAAUAUCAAGAUAAAAGUUAUUGUGAAAUAGUACGCAAUUUUAAAGAAAUUCCUGGUAAGGAAUUCAUUCAGCUUGGUCAUGUAGAACAAACGAAUUUACCAUAUAGACAUUUUAUUCAUGCAGAAGAAGAACUUAUACUUUAUACAAACUUAACAUGGCAUCCACCAUCAGUCAAUUUUAUUAGUUAUAUAUGUGAUUGGGAAUUAUGUAAUGAUGGUCGUCUCGUUGACAAAUUAAUAACAAGUUUUCAAUUUAAUGCUGAACCAUUAGAAAUAGCUGCAUAUCUUCAAAGUCCUGAACCACUUACUUAUUGUGCUGAAUGUGAAGUUUGUAGUAAUUUUAGUCUUUUUGAUCAAUGCAAGAAUGCUUCUUGUUCAUCUGCUGGACGUUGCUAUAUUGAUCAAUAUAUUAAGCAUCCAGAUUAUAGCAGUUGUGUAUAUGCAUUCAAAGCUGAAUGUGAAAAUUUUGCAACUGAAUCAAGUAUUAUACUUACAGCUACUUAUAAUAUUGACGAUGAUAUAUUAGAUUAUGAAGAAGUAAAUGUUUAUUGUUCAAAGAAUGGCUGUAAUCAACCUUCAACAGUAUACAGUUUACUUGAUCUCAUACAUGAAGAUAUUCAACUCGAUUCAUUAUUUUUUAUUCGUCCAAUUACGAAUACUACAGCAUCACCAAUUAUUACAGAACCAACACCAUCAUCAAGUCCCAUUAUGGCUAUGACCCGUUCAGCAGCCAUUAUUAUUUUUCUAAUAAGACUAUGUAUUUCACUUUUUAUCAUUAACUAA